AUGUCGCGCCAUCGAAAUAAUCCCUUCUACACGUGGUUUCUAUUCCAUUUCACCAGUAGGAUGUCGAACUCGCCACUCUCCCCGUCGCCAGCUGGCUUUCCGCCAACAACAUUGACACCUUGCCCUACACCUCCUUCUUCCGUCUUCUCACGAUUGUCUCAGCCUAAAACGGUUGCCAAGCAGUUGGAAGAAGCAGCCGUUGGAGCUUUACCUCCCAACCCGACUAUUGAGGAUCUGCCCAAGAUUAUCUGGAGGAACCGUCGCUUCGUCCAGGAGGAUUUGUUGGCUCGAAAAGGUGCAAAGGGCAGGAAGAGCUGGAUUAGGUCGCACGGGACCUUCCUAGUUGAGCUGAACUAUCAGGAUCUACCGAUAGGUCACGUCUGGUGCUGCAAUCGAUGUGAUAUGAGAGGCGCAGCGGAGUUCUUCUCGGUGCAAGUCACGUCUUCCGCAGCGGACCAUCUUCGAAAAGCUCACCGGAUCACCCCAGCUAGCCAGUCUAGCGAGUCAAGCGAGUUGCCCGAGAGCAGGAUCACGAGGAAUACCGGCUCUGCGAGGAAUCCACGGCCGAGCUCGAGGUCGUCAUGA